AUGGCCAACGCUUCAGUAACAGCAUCCCCUGAUGCUACCACAGAACCCUCUCAGCCUGUCCAAUCCGGCAUCUUCAAGCACAUCUCAAAGAAGAUCCCGUACUUUCGCGAUCCCAAACAUGUCCUGCUCUUCAAGCUCGAUUGCCUCCUCCUCACCUGGGCGUUCCUGGCGGGCAUCAUGAAGGAGAUGGACCAGUCGGCGACUACGCAGGCUUAUGUCUCGGGAAUGAGAGAGGCAUUGAGUUUGUAUGGGAAUGAACUGGUUGAGUUUAAUACGUUUUUCUCUAUUGGUUAUGCGAUUGGGCUUGUUCCUGGUCAGCUUGCUCAGACCAAGGUUCGACCUUCCUUGUUUCUUCCCUGCUGCGAAAUCAUCUGGGGACUCUUUGUCACUUUCACCUGCAAAGCCACCAACGCGCAUACCAUCUACGCCUUGCGUUUCUUCCUUGGCCUCUUCUCUGCCGUGUUCUGGCCCAGUGUCGUCUCUCUCAUCUUCAACUGGUACACACCAACCGAGCUUGCCCUCCGAAUCGCCUUCUUCAACGUCUCUGAUGUGGCCGGCGCCAUGUUCCUCGGAGCUUUGCAGGCUGCCCUCUACCGGAACAUGAACGGCGUCCACGGUAUCGCUGGAUGGCAGUGGCUCUUUAUCAUCUCCGGUGCCAUCACCAUUGGCCAGGGAAUCAUUGGCUUCUUCAUCAUCCCCGAUACUCCCGCCUACACCCGCGCCAAGUGGUUGACUCAGGAGGAAAAGGCACUCUCGCGUGAGCGAAUGGGUGAAUUUGGCGCCAACACUUCCAAGCUCAUUCCUGCUUCCGUCCUGAAGCAAAAGCUUCGAAAGCUCAUCGUUCACCCGGUCACAUACUUUUACCUGCUCGCCUUUGCCAUGAGUGCCUGGGCGCAUCGAGCCAACUCGUACUUUGUGCUCUACCUUGAGAGCCUGGUUGACAGCGCUGGAAACCGCCUGUAUAGCACCUAUCAGGUCAACAUUCUCCCACUCGGCGGUUACGCUCUUCAGAUUCUUACCAAUUUGGUUCUAAACGGUCUUUCUGACUGGAAGCACUGGCGAUGGCAGAUCAGUGUGGGUUCUGCCUUUUUCCACGGCAUCAUGCUCAGUGUCCUCUGCGCUUGGCCGUCAGACCACAAAGUCGUCAUGGGCUUCUAUUUCAUGACCUAUGCAACCAACGCUGGAAGCCCGUCGUUUAUGGCAUGGUUUGCGGAACUGCUUCGAAAGGAGCCUGAAGCUAGAGCUAUCAUCGUGGCCCUCACUGUCAUGAUUGUCUACAUUGGUCAUGCUACCAUUCCUCUCCGCGCCUUCAGAGUUUCUGAUGCCCCGAAGUAUCCGAUUGGAUUCCCUCUUUCCACGGCCUUUACCUUUGGUACGAUCCUUGUGCAGCUUGGCCUGCUUUGGUGGGGAAGCCGGAAUCCCCAGCUUGUCAAGUAUGGCUAUGAUGUUCCUAGUAAUGUUUCGAGGGUGGAGGAUGAGGAGAACUCUGAUAAGAUUGAGGGAGAUGGAGCUAGCAUCGACAGAGCUGGCGGUGAUGCAAAGACUGCAAAUCAGGCUAUUACCAAGAUUGAUGGAUAG